AGACAAGGUACAUUUGAACACGAGAAGCCGUCGCCGAAAGGCCUCUGAGCACGACGCGCAAGCGUUUGUUUCCUGAGGGAUGGACUUUGUUCAUGGACAAAGCGGCAUCGCAAUGCUCCUGUGCCGGGUAGCUUUGGAGCGGAGGAAUGAGUGGCUUCACAGCACUCCGACGGGCCAACGUUCGACCUGCGCCUGCCUCAUCGCACCUUUGGAUGUAACAGCCGGAGGUGACUGAUUGUGCGAAGCUUCUCCUCCCAGGACCAGGUUCACUUUGAGUACAGCUCAACCCAUCUCUUCUCUUGGAUUCUUAUUUCACGACUCUAUAGCUCAUCUCUAUCACUUCCCAGCGAUUCGACUAUUGACCAAGCUCUUAGCAUCAUGCCAGCUGCUAACCCCAAGAAGGGCUCCGUUCAUUCACCGCCGGGCUAUAUAAACAUGAGCUUUCCAACAGAAAUGCGCUCGCCCGUAAAUACUUCUUUGCCGACACCCGAAAGCCUUGUCGACUUCCCAAGCUCCCGUGACAAUCGUUUGACUUCAGACAUGGAACAGCACGAUGUCGGCCUCGGUUCGCCCGUCGUCGAUCUGACAACACCACCUGCCCAGGAGCACCAUUCCUCUCAUGGCAGGCCUUCAGUCGAGCCGUCUGCUCAGACUCAGCAGACGCUGGACCUUCAGCAGCAAGUCCUCCCGCGUCGACGCGGAACAAUAAGGGUUGCCAGAUGGAACGGUGUCCUUGGUCAUGGCUACGUGGAGGAGGUAGAGGUGGAAUUCGACGAGUACAACAAUCCCGUUAGGCGGAUUGAAAAUAAUUUGGGCUUCAUGGAAGAGUCACAGUGCAACUUCGCAACCGGUCCUCAAACGAACGUGCCAUUUAGGCAGCCAACGUGCCCUCAGCUAGGAAACCAGCCGAACUGCCAACUGGACGCCCAGUCAAAUCCUCUGCCUAAUUACGAGCCGAAAUAUCAGCCAAACUACCAGUCAACCCUUUCGCCUGACUCCCAGCAAUUACCAAACACGUGGCCGGCAAAACCGAACCCAUUCUUCGACGAUCCACAAGGGCUAGCCGCCCUGGAAACGGAGGAGCAGCCUGCCGCCCAUAGCAAACACAGCCCAUCAGAGCUGGCCCUGUACCCGGAACAUUCUCAGAGUGCUCCAGGGCCACAACCCGCAGACGAGGCGGCCCAGUAUGAAAACGAUGGCAGAUUCGGUCAAUGGCCACGACCGCCGAUGCAUGCAGAGACUUUCUCCAAGCCGGAGGGGGUACUGCGGUUCUGGGGUGAGUGUAUCGACCCGCGCUUGCUCAAUGCCAAUUGAGAUAAGUGCGGGUGAUGCGUUAGUUUGGUGAGUGUUUUAGUGUGAGAGGGUCUAGACGUGCAUGGCGUUGGCGAAGGCAUGUUCAGACAGGAGUUGUAAAGCGCUAUUAGAGGCUGGAUUGAGAGCGGAUGCACAUGCUCCGUAUAUACACUGAUAUUCAGCCUUUGCGCGAGGGUGCUUUGGUGCAUCUGUGUUGGGUGCCCUUGCAAUAGUCAGUGUUUAAGGUUUGUACAUGUGGACUUCACGCUGCGGACAUUUGUCCGAUACACCAGUGACAUAUGCCACCAGUGCCUUGAAAGAUAACGCUAGGACUGCUC